AUGGCCGAGGAGUUCUCCAAAGCCGUGGAUGACGGUCUCAAGCUCUCCAAACGAUUAUACUUUGGGAAGGAUCGAGCGGUGUCACCGCCGAAGCCGCCGCCGUCGAUGGACAAAACGACGUCGGGCGCCUUCCUCCCGACGGCACCGAUGGUUUACGCGGUCAUUUUUGACCCGGCCAUCGUCGACAACCCGGACAUCCCCAGCUACCAGCCUCACGUGCACGGCAGGUGCGACCCCGCCGCGCUCAUUCCUUUCCCGAUGAACCGGGUCGAGCUUGAGGUCGAUUGUUAUAUGGACACCGCCUUUGUUCGGGUCACCGGGUCGUGGAGGGUCCAUUGCGUCAAGGGUAACAAGAGCUGCGGUUGCCGCGUUGCCAUUCCUAUGGGUGAACAGGGUUCAAUUCUAGGUGUUGAGGUCGACGUAAAUGGUAAAUCGUACCAUACUCAACUAAGUCAAUUGGAAGAUGAAAAGGAGAUAGAGAAGAUGGCCCAAGCAGAGGGAGGCUUUCUCAAACUCAAACCACAUAUAUUUACAUUAACAACACCCCAGGUCAAUGGGGGAGCCAAUCUCUCAAUCAAAAUGAGCUGGUCUCAGAAAAUACUGUAUGAAAAUGGCGAUUUCUCUUUGAAUAUUCCAUUCACGUUUCCUGAAUUUGUGGUUCCCGCGGGAAAGAAAUACCUUAAAAAGGAAAAGAUCCACUUAAACGUGAACUCUGGUAUUGGAACUGAAGUUCUAUCCAAGAGAAUUAGUCAUCCUUUGAAGGAAUUACGGGGAGGCCAAGUAGGAAAAUUGGGUUUUGUAUAUGGGGCAGAUGUUCUCACUUGGUCAAACACUGACUUUAGCUUCUCAUAUGUGGUCUCUUCAAGUCAUAUACAUGGUGCUGUUCUCGUGCAGUCACCACCCAUGCAUGAUGUUGAUCAAAGAGAGAUUUUCUCUGUCUAUCUUCUACCAGGAAACCAGAAGAACAGAAAGGUUUUCAGAAAGGAUGUAGCUUUUGUUGUUGAUAUAAGUGGAAGUAUGAAGGGAAAGCCUCUUGAUGAUACUAAGAGUGUACUAUCUGCAGCCCUCUCUAAGCUUGAUCCAGAAGAUUCAUUCUGCAUUAUAGCUUUUAAUGGACAGACUUUUGUGUCAUCUACGUCAAUGAAAUCAGCUACCAAGGAGGCUGUUGAAAAGGCCAUUGAGUGGAUUGGCAUAAAUCUUAUUGCUGGUGGUGAUACAGAUAUUUUAACUCCACUUAACCAGGCAAUAGAGAUGCUAUCCAAUACUCGGGAUUCAAUUCCUAUCAUCUUCCUUGUUACCGAUGGGGCUGUUGAAGAUGAGAGACACAUUUGUGAUGUAAUGAAAAAGCGUCUUACAGAAGCAGGUUCUAUAGCUCCACGCAUUUGCACUUUUGGAAUAGGUUCAUUCUGCAACCAUUAUUUCCUGUGGAUGCUUGCAAUGAUUGGCAGGGGCCAUUAUGAUGCUGCGUACGAUGUAGAUUUUGUCGAGUCUCGGAUGCAGAACUUAUUUAUCAGAGCUUCAUCUCUGAUUCUUACAAAUAUAACCCUUGAGACAUUGGAUGAUCUUGACGAAGUUGAGGUGUUCCCUUCCCAUAUUCCAGAUCUCUCAUCUGAGAGUCCAUUAACUGUAUCUGGCAGAUUCCGAGGAAGUUUUCCCAACACGCUUAAAGCUAAAGGCCUCUCACUUGAUAUGUCUAGUAUUGUGAUCGAUUUGAAGUUACAAGAUGCAAAGGACAUACCUCUUGACAUGGUAUGUGCAAAAGGGCAGAUUGAGUUGCUGACUGCUCAGGCUUGGUUGGCAGAUAACAAACAGCUUGAGGACAAGGUAGCUAAAUUGAGCAUACAGUCCCAUGUUGUGAGUGAGUAUACGCGCAUGAUCAUAGUUGACAAAGAACAAUCUGGACCACAAGAGGCACCAAAGAAAAGCCGCAUUAAGAUGAAAGAUUCUGAAAGCCAGAGACCGAUAUUGCUACCAAGUCUGUCCAUUGGCUUUGGCAACUUAGUGGCGACUUCCGAGAACAUUCCUCCAGGAUCCGAAGAACCAAAACAGCCGGAAGCUGCUGAGAUUUUUGCCAGGGCAGCAUCAAAUUGCUGUGGCUCUAUGUGCACUCACUGCUGUUGCAUGGGCUGCAUCAAGUGUUUCUCCAGGAUAAAUCCUCAAUGUGCAAAUGUAUUUGCCCAGCUCUGCACUGGUCUAGCAUGUGCCGGCUGCCUCAAAUGCUGCUCCUUUUGCUGCCGUGGAUGCGGAGAUGGUGGAUCAUAA